GUCAGAGACUCUUUUUGAUGCAAGGUGGGAACUACAAAAAAGAAGGCUGUUCAAAGAAUAAUCACCAUGAAUUGCACAACUUGUGCUCGCAAACCCUAAAACGGUUAGACACACAGUGCACAGUAGAUCUUUUACAUACUUUUCAAGUUCUUGGAGAGAGGAAAUAAGAGACGUUCUAUAGAAGAUUGAACAUACCCAUCUUGACAAUGACACCCACUUUAUCACAACGGUUUAGAGACUACUUGGAGGAGCGGCGUAUUCACAGGAACCGUCUGGUCACCAAAGAUGGCCAUUGCAACAUUGAGUUUGGCAAUGUGAGGUACAGCAAUCACUUUGCCUACCUGCUGGACUUAUGGACCACCAUCUUGGAAUUCCGUUGGAGUGUUGUCCUCUCCUUAUUCACAGCCUCCUUCCUUUUCAGCUGGUUCAUUUUUGGACUUAUCUGGUUUUGGAUUGCUCGUGAUAAUGGAGACUUAUGGUGGCAAAACCCUCCAGUUGACCAUAAUCCUUGUGUAAUAAGUGUCGUUGGUUUGACCACUGCCUUCCUUUUCUCUUUCACAUCUCAGAUGACCAUCGGCUACAGCAUACGAGUUAUCACCCCCGUUUGCCCUGGGGCAAUCAUCGUCCUCGUUAUCCAGACUCUCAUUGCGACACUUGUUAAAAGUUUCUGGUGCGGAGUGGUCAUUGCCAAAAUGGCCUUGCCAAAGAAAAGAGCCAAAACCAUCAACUUCAGCAAGAUGGCUGUCAUCUGCCCCAGAAAUGAUGCCUUGUGUUUGCAGAUACGAGUGGCCAACCUACGCAAAUCUUUGCUGGUUGGGAGUCAAAUCUAUGGCAAGUUGCUCCGGACAACUGUCACACCUGAAGGCGACACCAUCAUCAUGGACCAGAUCAGUAUUGAUUUCAUGGUGGAUGCUGGGAAGGACAACUUGUUCUUCAUCUGCCCCUUGACCCUAUAUCAUGAGAUUGACAAGACGAGUCCAUUCUUUGAGAUGGCAGUGAACACUCUGCAACAGCAGGAAUUUGAGUUGGUGGUGUUUCUGGAUGGCACUGAUGAGUACACCAAUUUUUCCUGUCAGGUCAGGACUUCCUAUAUCCCUGGAGAGAUCAUGUGGGGCUACGAGUUCCUCCCCAUCAUCUCCCACAGCAAAGAGGGAACCUACUCUGUGGACUUCUCUGAGUUCAGCAAAGUGAUGCCUGUAACAACUCCACACUGUGCUGACUGCUUCAACAAUGAGAAAGCCCAUUAUUAUGACCCCAGAGAUGGCACUGACAACCCAGUGUUUGAAGCCAGUGAAAUUCCAAAUCAGGAAGAACAAACCUCUGUAAAUUUCCGAACAGUCCGCAAAAAAUCAUAAAUGUUUGUCCCUUGACAAAUGGGUCCAACUGUUUUAGUGUCUGGAAAACAUUUCAUUAAAAUUUCCACAAGAAA